GGGCAAGAGCGCUCUCUUUUGGAGGAGAGGGAAUGUGGAGCGGAUAGAAGGGGAGGCGGACGGACAGAGCAAGCUAGUAAUACAGACAACAAAAGAAAAAUCAGGGGGUGAAGGAAAAGGGGGCUUCCACACAAUGGCUACGGAGGAUUCUACUGGCGGCGCUCGCAAAGCUACCAAGAGUAAACUGUUCGAGUUUCUCGUCCAUGGAGUGCGUCCAGGUAUGACCUCAGGGGCCCGGAUGCCCCAUCAAGGUGCCCCUAUGGGUCCACCUGGCCCUCCGUAUGGAGGAACACCCCCGAUUCGGCCGGGGAUGCCCAACCCUCCACUGGACCCAAACCGCAAACGACCCACCACCACUCCACCGGUGCAAGCCCCAGCCGUCCAGAACCGGCCAAGAAAGAAACCACCAGGAUUCCAAGGAGCCAAUGAGGUUUCUGCAAGAUCACUGGACUUGCGAGAGGUCCAGUCUGAACCAGCAAUUGGAUCCAAUGCCAAGAGAAGGAAAAUGGCAGACAAGAUUCUCCCUCAGAGGAUUCGUGAGCUGGUGCCCGAGUCGCAGGCAUACAUGGACCUUUUGGCUUUUGAGCGCAAAUUGGACCAAACUAUUAUGAGGAAGCGAGUGGAUAUUCAAGAGGCCCUGAAGAGACCGAUGAAGCAAAAGCGGAAGCUCCGACUGUACAUCUCCAACACGUUUAACCCCGCGAAGCCUGAUUCAGAGGACUCAGAGGGCAGCAUUGCAUCCUGGGAGCUAAGAGUAGAAGGCAAGCUGCUGGAUGAUCCUGGAAAGCAAAAAAGGAAGUUCUCAUCUUUCUUCAAAAGCUUGGUUAUUGAGCUGGAUAAGGACCUGUACGGCCCUGAUAACCACUUAGUAGAGUGGCAUCGCACUCCCACAACCCAGGAGACAGAUGGCUUCCAGGUGAAGAGGCCUGGAGAUGUGAAUGUGCGGUGCACGCUACUCCUCAUGCUCGAUUACCAGCCACCACAGUUUAAGCUGGACCCUCGGCUUGCUCGUCUGCUAGGCAUCCACACGCAGACCCGUUCCUGCAUCAUCCAGGCCCUGUGGCAGUAUGUCAAGACUAACAAGCUGCAGGACUCCCAUGAAAAGGAAUACAUUAGCUGUGACAAGUAUUUCCAGCAGAUCUUCGACUGCCCGCGUCUGAAGUUUAGUGAGAUUCCUCAGCGGCUCACUAACCUGCUGCUGCCCCCUGACCCGAUUGUGAUCAACCAUGUCAUCAGUGUGGAUCCCAGUGACCACAAGAAGACAGCCUGCUAUGACAUAGAUGUCGAGGUGGAUGAUCCUCUAAAGACACAAAUGAAUGGUUUUCUGCUCUCAACUGCUAAUCAGCAGGAGAUCGCGUCACUAGACAACAAGAUCCAUGAGACCAUAGAAUCCAUCAACCAGCUGAAGAUCCAGAGAGAUUUCAUGCUCAGUUUCUCCAGAGAUCCAAAGGGCUACAUUCAGGAUUGGAUCUGUUCACAAAACCGAGACCUUAAGCUAAUGACCGAUGUGGUGGGAAACCCAGAGGAGGAAAGAAGAGCAGAGUUUUAUAACCAGCCCUGGUCUCAAGAAGCUGUGAGUCGCUACUUUUACUGCAAGAUCCAACAACGAAGACAAGAACUUGAACAGGCUUUGGCAAUGCGCACCACUUAAACUCCUCAUCGAUUCGGAGCAAAAAUUUACCAGCACGUUUAUUUGCUGAAUAAUCCUGGGAAUUUUAAUCUAGUGAAGAAUCUCCAACAUACUGGACAACUUUCUCAGUAUCCUUGAACAUUAUAAUACACUACUGGCAACUGGCACUAUUUGUUAUUUAUUGGACAGUUUGUAUAUGGCAUUACAGUUCAGUGUUGAGUUUGUAAGUAUUAUCAAAAAAAAAAAAACUUUUAUGGAAAGUUCUUAUGCCACAAACCAGAGUAAAA